AUCCCAAAACGCGAAGCACUGAAGCAGUAUAAACCCCAAAUCCCAAUCCAGCCAAACCUCAAUCCCACUCCGCCGAAGUUCUCCUUGAACUCCUCCACCGCCUCCGCUAACCUCACCGCCGGAUUCCUCCUCGCCUCGGCGCCCGCUUCCUCCUCACCUCCGCUAACCUCACCGCCCGCUUCCCCGCUUCCUCCUCGCCCGAUUCUGCAAAGUUUGCCGAUAGCAGCAGUGCUAAAAAUUUCACGACUCCCAACGACUUGAGGACUUCUCGGCCGCCAUGGACGUCACCAAUCCCAAAAAGAAGAAGAAGCCUUUGUCUCCCGGGGUGUGCUAUUUGGGUAGGAUCCCACCUCGCAUGGACCACAAAGUCGUCCGUCACUUGCUUUCUCCCUACGGCGAGUUGGAUAAGAUCUAUCUCGUUCCCAGAAACCCUUCUGCACCGGCCAAGAACCGCGACCGCCCCGGUAAAUACCAAACGGAGAGUUUCUCGGAAGGGUGGGUUGAGUUUAAAGAUAAAAGGGUUGCUAAAAGAGUUGCGAGUAUGCUAAAUGGUGAAAAGAUAGGUGGGAAGAAGAGGUCAGCUUUCUACUAUGAUCUUUGGAAUAUCAAGUACUUGAGUAAAUUCAAGUGGGAUGAUCUUACGGGAGAGAUAGCCUACAAGAACGCAGAGAGGGAGCAAAAGCUAGCGAUGGAAAUUUCUGCUGCUAAGAAGGAGCAAGAGUUCUACCUCUCAAAGGUUGAAUCGUCUCGUAAGUUGAGUGCCAUAGAAGAAAGAAUGAAGAAGAAGAGGAAGGUCCAAGAAGAGUCAGGAACCGCCCCUGAUGUGCCUGUAGAACAGCCACUGAAGUUGGUUCGCCAAUUUCGACAGAAAUCACCAGUUGCAGAUGGUGCUGCCAAAAAGAAACCUUCAAUCUCUAGAGAUCUAUUGGCAGGGGUAUUUGGUAGUUCUUAAUGCUGAAGUGGAGGCGCUUGAAAGCUGAAAUCCGAGGUGUUUUCUAGUUGUGUAGCUCCUGAUUAUAGCCAUGCUUUACGUUCUCGUUUAAGUUUAGUUCAGUUUUGUUUGUGAUUACUGAUUAGUGGCAAGUAGCUUCUGUAUUAGGGUCCCUAUUCCAAGCAUACAGUAGAAACUAUUUAUAGCACAUGAGUCUCCGAGAAAUUUCAUUGUUUGUAACUUAUAAUUUUUACAUUCUCGUGUAUUUACAGCCUACACCUCUUAACAUGUUUGUAACUCGUAUACACUAAUCCGAUUGAGAUUUUCGAGCUCCGUCAA